AAAAUUUCAUAAUCAUUUGUGUGUGUAUGCCGUGGUUUAGUUCUCCCGUGGAAAGUGGAAUUCCUGUGCACUGCCUACCCUACCUACCUUAUUGAGUAAUGUAAAUGUGUGCCGUUCUAAGUGGAUACUUUUCAUCGGUCCAUGGGAUCGUCUGUAAUAGUUUAAUAGACGGUAAUGGUUGACAUCAUUACUGAUUUCGUGUAUAGUGUGAAGAAGAAAGAACAGACGAAACUAUCGUCUUCGAAAAUGCAACCCCAGCUAGCCGAGCAAUUUAAUGUGCUAGAGGUGUGAGGUGCUGUGCUAUCAUGUAUUUUCUUCGUUCGUGUGCAAGCGGCUGAUAUUGGAAGUACGUGAUGUUGGCUUAAUAAAACAUGAUAAUUGCUGAAAAUAAAAUGUGAUGUACAUUGAAGUGCAUGAUUUGGUGCAGUGCAAUUACAAAUUGAACAGUGUCGCAAGUAGCGAGAAAAUUGUGAGCGGAACUUACCGACGGCACGUUGGAAAACUGAAGGAAGAAAUCUAAAACUCCCGUUCUACGUGUUCCAUGAAUGUAAAUAGUAAUAUAUUUAAACGGUGUGUGCGUGUGCACACUUAGAUCGCUGGUUUAUCCCGUUUCGUGCAAUUUCAUCCUUCCCGCUAGCUCAAAUGGUGGUACUUGAAGGCACCGCAAUGUUACAAGUAGGAAACAACCAAUAUCUACAGCCGGACUACCUUUCUCCGCUUCCAACAACGUUGGACGCGAAGAAAAGUCCUCUGGCGUUGCUGGCACAAACAUGUAGUCAGAUCGGUGCCGACCCAGGAAAUAUUACCGUCAAGUCACUAGUUUCGCCAUCGGAAAAGGGCAAGAAAUCAACAUCCUCGAACAACAGCAGCAGCAGCAGCACGUCGUCUUCCGGCAGUAACUCGUCGGCUUCGUCUCAUGUCGAUCCGACCUCCAACACAUCCAUGUCCGGAUCACCAUCGGCCAAAUUAGAGAAAUCCGAUGCUUCUCCAGAGAUCAAACUCGCCUUCAAACCGUACGAAAUGAAUGUGCUAACAACUAAAGUGAACCUUAGUAAAUCGGCGGCCGCCGAUGAUCGGCCCUUGUCCAAGAUGAGUAGUGGAAGUGAUGUGUUGAACAACAACAGUGUGAGCCAAAUCAAUAAUAAUAAUAAUAAUAAUAACCAUGGUGAAGGGGGCCGAAAAGAAAGCCGAGCCCUUUCGCCUCGUGGAAGUGCUGAGUCCCCGAUGUCUGGUCGCAGCGGUGGCAGCGUUAGUGUGAAGAGCAAUGACAGUGGCAGUGGUGUGUGCAUGAUUGAUCAUAGUGGAAACAAUUGUACUACGCCUGAUGCAAACAGAAGAGCAUCUUCCGCAGGAACACCGAGUGAUCGUGAUAGAAUGAAUGGUGGCAGUGGUGUUCCCAUCACAUCCACCAGCCCAUCUGCGGGAAUGAUGGCACUGCAUAAGGAACACGCGGGCCAAUUGACGCCGUCGGUCGCGUACAAACCUAGUGCAUACGGGAUUAGUGCAGCUGGACUGCCAAGUCCGUCGGGAAUCGAUCACGCAAAUCCAGCCUUCAGGCCACCUUUCGCUGGCGCGUUCAACCACCACCAUGCAGCCAUGCUAGCAGCGGCUGGCUAUUCUGGCGCGGCGGCAGCUGCUGCGGCUGCUAGUACCAAUCCUUACCUCGGCUAUACCCGCGUUAAAACCCCUUCGGGUGGUGAAACGCUGGUUCCGAUCUGCAAAGACCCCUACUGUACUGGAUGUCAGUUUUCGGCUCAUAAUCACCAAAUCAUGAUGGGAAGCCAGUGUCCGGCAGGUUGCACGCAGUGUGAACAUCAGAAGUACAUGGCCAUGGCACUCAGUUCUAUGCCACCCGCUGGCUACCCAGGGUAUCCUCCACCGUCAUCGGCGACGGUUGCGGUUAACACGGCAGCCUCCCAAUCAUCGGGUAGUGGCGGUGCCGCCAGCCGUCCGUACAUGUGCAACUGGGUGGUGGGUGAUUCGUAUUGCGGUAAACGGUGCAAUACAACGGAUGAGUUGCUCUCCCAUCUACGUACUCAUACGGCCAACCUGUCCGAUCCGGCCGCACUAGCCCUACAGCAACAACUCAUGCCUCUAAGCGGAAUAUUUCCGCCAUCCUCGCUGCACCAUCAUCACCGGGGCUAUCCUAAUCCACCCCUGAGCCCCCUGUCUGCUGCUCGCUACCAUCCGUAUGUUAAACCCGGGGCCAUGCCUGCGGGACUUCCCGGUUCCCCGUACAAUGCUGCGGCGGCAGCGGCUGCCGCCUUUAACCCAGCAGCCGCGUUCGGGCAGUAUUACUCUCCCUAUGCGGCAGCCCUGUAUGGUCAGCGGAUAGGAGCCGCCGUACAUCAAUAGGAGGAUGAAUAAGCUGUAUAUGUCCCGAGGAAUCUUUCUACUAGCAUCGCCAAGGGACGCUACAGACGUCGCGUAAAUAAACUGAAAACUAAGGGAUCACUGGUUUAAUACAUCAACAAGUGGGACACAUUUCUUUCACUGGUUCACAUCCCACUGGUUGGUAUGUGUUAUGCUUAAAAGUGGGUUCAUUUCUCUUGUUCGCUUGUGAAAGCUGUUAAACUAAAAGUUAAAUUUAAGUACUAGGAAUUAAAUUACGUUCAAAGGUGUGUUACAAUUAACAACCUUUCACACCAAACUUUGAUGAACAAACUCAGAAGUUAGUAAUCUGAUUCCAAAAGACAACAACACCUACACGAUUGUUGUUUAGUACUAGUGUUUCAUACAAUACGUAUAAAAACCCCGAUGACCGUAUUUUUUUAAUACAACAACAAUUAAGGAUUUAUUUUCGGAUUUUCGUGACGUUUGUGGCGGACCUGACAUGUGACGAUGUUCAUAUGCGAGCAUGUAGAAGAAAUAAGCGAUGCUGCGAGUGAGUAUCUGAUAACCGUCGGCAAUAAUGCUUGGUUCAGGCUUUGUGCUGAAGCAAUGGGUGUACUUGAAAAUUUAACCAAGGAAAAAUAUAGCAGAACAUUCAGGAUAUCGAAAGCGUUGUCCAGUCGUGUUUGUUCUAUCGUCUGUGAUAUUAAGAUUAUUCUUCAUAUGAAAUUAAAAUAUACUACUGGCGAGGAAGUCAAAGUGCUGGUAACGCGAGGACUGCAAAGCUACUCUACUAGAGUAAUCAGGCAGAACAGGAUUUUAUUGGUUAUGACACAAAUUUAAAAACGGUGAAUUCAAAAGCCAUAGUCCAUCGGAAGCAUUUUGUUUCUCUUGUUUACAAUCUACCAGUACAUUGGAA